UUCCCCUCACACUUUGAGCCCUACCCGGAGCGCUGAGACCCCGCUCUCCCGCCACCCCACAGAGAUGUGCCGGCGCAGCCCCUUUAAGGGGGGCGGGCUCCGCGCCGCGGCCCGGCCGGCUCAGGCGCAUUCACUUCCAGGUCGGGGAGGUAAACACGGGGGAAGGGAGGGAGGAGAGAAGGGAAAAAAAAAAAAGGAGAGAGCAGGAGCCCAGCGUCGGGACCGGCUGGCUGGGCGCUCGCCGGCAGCACCCAGCGCCGCGAUGGAGGAAGCUUCUCCUUAUUCUUUACUUGACAUCUGUUUGAAUUUCCUGACUGCCAACCUAGAGAAGUUCUGCACAGAAAGGCAAGAUGGGACACUGUGCUUGCAGGAGCCGGGGAUGUUUCCUCAAGAAGUGGCUGAUCGGCUGCUGCAGACGAUGGCAUUCCAUGGGCUCCUGAACGAUGGGACUGUGGGGAUCUUCCGAGGGAACCAGAUGCGUUUAAAACGGGCUUGUAUCCGGAAAGCCAAGAUCUCGGCCGUGGCCUUCCGGAAAGCGUUCUGCCAUCACAAGCUGGUGGAGCUGGAUGCCACGGGGGUGAACGCAGACAUAACAAUCACAGACAUUAUCAGCGGACUGGGCAGCAACAAAUGGAUCCAGCAGAACCUGCAAUGCCUCGUGCUGAACUCCCUGACCCUCUCCCUGGAGGACCCGUACGAGCGGUGUUUCAGCCAGCUGGCGGGGCUGCGCGCGCUGAGCAUCACCAACGUGCUCUUCUACAACGAGGACUUGGCCGACGUCGCGUCGCUGCCGAGGCUGGAAAGCCUGGAUAUAUCCAACACCUCCGUCACCGACAUCACAGCGCUUCUCACCUGCAAGGACCGGCUCAAGUCCUUGACCAUGCACCACCUGAAAUGCUUGAAAAUGACCACGACCCAGAUCCUGGACGUUAUCAGAGAACUGAAGUACCUGAACCACCUGGAUAUCUCGGAUGACAAACAGUUCACGUCGGACAUAGCCCUUCGCUUGCUGGAACAGAAGGAUAUCCUGCCUAACCUCGUGUCCUUGGACAUUUCUGGCAGAAAACACGUGACAGACAAAGCUGUGGAAGCGUUCAUCCAGCAGAGACCCACCAUGCAGUUUGUGGGGCUGCUCGCCACCGACGCCGGCUACUCGGAAUUCCUGACGGGAGAAGGGAACCUAAAGGUGUCAGGAGAAGCAAAUGAAACUCAGAUUUCUGAAGCACUGAAGCGUUACAGUGAACGGGCCUUCUUCGUGAGGGAAGCUCUUUUUCAUUUAUUCAGCCUGACACACGUCAUGGAAAAAACAAAGCCUGAAAUUUUAAAGCUGGUGGUGAUCGGGAUGAGGAAUCACCCCCUGAACCUGCCCGUGCAGUUGGCAGCCAGUGCGUGUGUGUUUAACCUGACCAAGCAGGACCUGGCAGCGGGAAUGCCCGUGCGGCUCCUGGCUGACGUCACUCACUUGCUCCUGAAGGCCAUGGAGCACUUCCCAAACCAUCAGCAGCUGCAAAAGAAUUGCCUUCUUUCACUAUGCAGUGACAGAAUCCUUCAGGAUGUUCCAUUUAACAGGUUUGAAGCAGCCAAACUUGUUAUGCAGUGGCUGUGUAACCAUGAAGAUCAAAACAUGCAAAGGAUGGCUGUAGCCAUAAUUUCCAUUCUUGCUGCAAAGCUUUCAACAGAGCAGACAGCUCAACUUGGUGCAGAACUCUUCAUUGUUAGGCAACUUCUACAAAUAGUUAAACAGAAAACAAAUCAGAAUCUUGUAGAUACAACCCUCAAGUUCACACUGAGUGCACUUUGGAACCUCACUGAUGAAUCUCCAACAACGUGUCGGCACUUCAUUGAAAAUCAAGGGCUAGAGCUUUUCAUGAGAGUCUUGGAGUCUUUUCCAUCUGAAUCAUCCAUCCAGCAGAAAGUUCUUGGACUUCUGAACAACAUAGCUGAAGUUAAAGAACUCCAUUCUGAACUGAUGUGGAAGGACUUUAUAGACCACAUCAGUAAAUUGUUGCACAGUGUGGAGGUGGAAGUGAGCUACUUUGCAGCAGGGAUUAUUGCUCACCUGAUAUCUCGGGGGGAGCAGGCCUGGACGCUGAGUCGCAGCCAGAGGACGUCUCUCCUUGAGCAGCUGCAUUCUGCCAUUUUGAAUUGGCCAACCCCAGAGUGUGAGAUGGUGGCUUACAGGUCUUUCAAUCCGUUUUUUCCACUGCUUGGCUGUUUCAUGACACCUGGUGUCCAGUUGUGGGCAGUGUGGGCCAUGCAACACGUCUGCAGCAAAAAUCCUGCCAGAUACUGCAGCAUGUUAAUUGAAGAAGGUGGUUUACAGCAUUUGUACAACAUCAAGGAAAACGUCCAGACCGAUCCCCAUGUCCAAAGGAUCGCCAUUGCCAUCCUGGACAGUUUAGAAAAACACAUUAUGCGUCACGGGAGACCCCCACCGUGUAGGAAACAGCAACAGACCAAACCAAACUGAGAGCUGCAGGUAGAGGAGUGUAAAGUAUUGUCUCUGUAAUAAUCCCUUCUGAUGUGUGUGUAGUUGGAGUAACUUGUAAUAUAUUGGUCACCAUUAAAGUGAUUUGCCAGUAACUGUGGUACCCAAAACCAUGUGUGGAAACCUUUGCCGAUCGUCAGCUUUGAUGGCAACCACUUGUGUGACUUGUCAAGGGUCAGGCUUGAGCUGGUCAUGAGGUGGGGUUUAGUGCUGGCUACCAGGAGAUGGGACUUGUACAGAUCAAUAUGCACAUCUGAAAACAAGGCUUGAAGGAAUAUCCUGUUUUGUGGGAAAAAGUUAUUCCAUCCCUGUGACUGCUCUUCAUAACACUGCUCACCAGUUUGGUGUUUGAAUAGAACUGUGUGUGGUUGUGAGAUCAACACUCCUACAGACUGAACCACAAGUCUGUGCAUGCAGGUUCCAGUGAGACUUGUAACUAAGGCGACCAAAAUGUCCGUUGUCUCAUAACCCUUCUAGACACAAAUGGGGUCUUCAGCUUCCUUUUCCUUUGGCCUGCAAGCCACGCUCUGUUGUUUUCCUUACUGCUGGAACAAAGCCUCUUUGCAGUUCAUUUCUCCAGUCCUCCCUGCUCUUAGCAAGGUGGGCACCACAUCACGUUCAGGGAAAGGGGAAACCCACUCAAGUAAAGCAGUAGAAACAGGACUAAAGUGAAACAGUACUUAAAAGGAUGAACUCAGUUUGAGAUUUUAAACUUUAUAACAAGAAGGGAGUUUUGUUGUUGUUGUGUGACUACUUUUGGUUGUGUGUGAUAUAAUUUUGUUUUUAGAAUACUUGAGAAUGGUGAAAGGAGAAGGCUCAUGAGAGCAAAAUACUGACUUGACUUCCUCAUGAAGGGGAUUGCAUGUACUCGGCAGAGGCCCAGGAUAUUUGGUCACCUUAUUUAUAAGAGGCUAAUGAUUGCUCUCGUGUUCUGUAAAUACUCAGUCAGUAUUGUGCAGUGAAUUAUAUUUCCAGGUCAUCGCAGUGAGUGUAAAAUACUCCCGGUGUUCUAUGUAAACCCUGUGUCAAUGGCAUUGUUUUGUGGAGUGUGACAUUUUACAUAAAGAUGCUAAUUGUAACAACUUGUUCCUUUUUUGGUUCCCUAUGGGUUACAAAUGAUGUGUCCAAUGAAACAUAUUGCACAGCAUACAGAUGCCUGAUACAAUGCAGGUGAUGGAAGCGAACUGCAUGUCCAUUCAAAUUCAGUUUAAUUUCAGGUAUUGUUUUGGUUUAUCUGCUUAGUGUCUGUAUUUCCAUGGCAGCAGAUUGAUAGUCAGAGAUUCUUCUGUAAAUAUUUGGGAAUUGAAUUUAAAAAGAGAACUUACAUUUGGUAGCUUUUAAGCAGGGAUGGCUUCUUCAUGAUGACCAUAUUUUAGUAUUUUUAACUCCUUCCUUCUCCCAGCUCCUGUCCUUCAAAUAAAAACAUCACCUCUAAUCUUGUGUAUUUCAGCAACUCCAAAAGGUGCUCAUCCAGUAAUUUAAUCAGUGUUGUCUAAUUGUUUUUUGUACAAAAGUAUAAUUUGGCUAUAAUUUCAUGUGUGUAUCUGGUUAUGUACAGUUUUCUCAGUUUAGACAGAAAUUCAACUGGCUGUAGCUUUGAAUUAUGAAGGUGGUUUAAAAAUUAAAAACAGCCUACAAAGCUUUUACCCCCCACCCUCCUGAGAUGUCUGCUAUGGGACUUCUAUAGAGUUUCCAUUACAUGGAGUGGAACACAAAACUUGUUAAAAUUGGUGUUAAUAGAAUAAAUAUAAAUCAAUUGCUACAAGAUUUUAAAAUAAAGAUGACAACUCUC